GUCUCCCCCCCAACCUUUUGAAUGCGCUUUUGUUGUUAUUCCACUGCUCUAUUUCUUUCUUUGGGUCCAUUUCCACCGUUCCGAUUCGCCAUGUAUUCCAUUCCUUCCGCCGCAGGUGUGAGCGGAGGAGAGAGGUUUGUUCCCAGCAUGCCACUUGCCCUGAAGCGCCACGCGGCCUCUGCGCCGACCCCAGGCUGGAUCCUGGUUUUUGCUCUCUUUUUGGCUCUGCAGGGUGCUACUUACGCUGCUCCCUCCGCAGACACCAAGCUGGUUCGGACCACUCGAGUGAGGAGACAGAUCCCAGACGGGGAAGCGCCUUCAGCUUCCUCCACCAACCAGACGAUGCAGCAGCAACCUUUAGUCUUCAAUCACGUGUACAACAUCAACGUACCCGUGGAAUCUCUUUGCUCCGUCGACCUUGACACCUCUGCACCACCAGAGGAUGGCCCGCGUGCUGAGCUUGGGUCCAGAGCUUCUAUGGAGGGACCACUGGACCCAGUUGGACCUACAGAGUACACCGAACAGACAUUGGAUGCAGACAGCCAGGUGACGUUCACUCACCGUAUCAACAUCCCGAAAGCGGCAUGCGGAUGCCCGGCAACUGUCACGAUCCAGCAGCUCGCCACCAGGGUGGAGAUGCUGGAGAGGGAGCUCUCCAUGCUCCGAGCUCACUGUGGAUCCGGUUGCUGUCGGGAGAACCCCGCCAUUGGCCGCUUCGACUAUUUCCCCGGAUGCAACGGCCACGGCAGCUUCAGCCUGGAGCUGUGCGGCUGCAUAUGUGACGAAGGCUGGACCGGCAAAAACUGCUCCGAGCCCCGUUGCCCCGACGACUGCUCCGGCCAGGGCGUGUGCAUCGAAGGGGAGUGCGUGUGCGACCGCGACUUCGCCGGGGAAAACUGCUCCGAGCCCCGCUGCCCGGCCGACUGCUCGGGCCGCGGCUUGUGCAUCGACGGCGAGUGCGUGUGCGAGGACUCCUUCACCGGGGAGGACUGCAUGGUCGGGAGAUGCGUGAACGAUUGCUCGGACCAGGGACUGUGCGUCAACGGAACGUGCCGGUGCCGUCCCGGCUACGUGGGGGAAGACUGCUCGCUGGUGUACUGCGCCAACAACUGCAGCAAGAAAGGAAUCUGCAAAGACGGAUUCUGCGUGUGCCAGGACGGCUUUGCCGGAGAUGACUGCAACUCCGUGGCACCUGCCAUGAACCUGAAAGUCCGAGGUGUAACAGAUAGAGAUAUCGAACUGGAGUGGGACGGUUCUGUGGUCCUGACGGAUUUUCUCGUGACAUACACACCAAGCAGCCCGGGCGGUAUCCAACUAGAAAUCCGGCUCCCGGGGAAUACCACAUCCUGCACUAUCUCAGACCUGGAUGCAGGAAUGGAGUACAACAUCAAUGUGUUUGCCGUCAUUAAUAACAGCAUCAGUGUUCCUGCCAGCAUUACUGUCGCAACCUAUCUCUCCAAUCCAGAUGGUUUAGUCUUCAAAUCCAUCACCGAGACGUCAGUCGAGGUCCAGUGGCAACCUUCCUACUAUUCCUUCGAUGGCUGGGAGAUCAGCUUCAUCCCGAAGGACAAUGAUGGUGGAAUGACUGCCCAGCUGCCCAGCACCAUCACAUCCUUUCUACAAACUGGCCUGAGACCGGGCGAGGAGUACACAGUCAACCUGGUGGCCCUCAGAGACCAGGGUCGCAGUCAGCCCUUUACCGCCACCGUCACGACACUGAUCGACGGCCCCACUCAGCUGUUUGUGCGCGAUGUGUCGGACACGGUGGCAUUCCUCGAGUGGACCCCGCCAAAAGCCAAGAUUGAUCAGAUUGUCUUGCGUUACGGCCUCGUGGGAGGAGCGGGCCCGCGUACGACUUUCCGCCUCCAGCCCACGCUCAGCCAGUACACCCUGCAGGUCCUCCGCCCCGGUUCGCGUUACGAGGUGUCUGUGAGCGGCGUGAGGAACGGGAACACCAGCGGAUCCAUUUCCAUUGAAUUUACAACCGAGAUUGACGCCCCCAAGAACCUGCGCCUCCUCUCCAAGACCUCCACCACCCUGGAGUUGGAAUGGGACAACAGUGAGGCACAGGUGGAAGCCUACCAGGUGGUGUACAGCACACUGGCAGGUGAUCAAUAUGAAAAAGUCAUCGUACCAAGAAAUGAGGGCGCAACCACGAAGACCACUCUCACCGAUCUGCUGCCUGGCACGGAAUACGGUAUCGGCAUUUCUGCCAUGAGAGGCAGCAACCAGAGCACAUCGGCUACUAUGAACGCCAGAACCGGUCUGGACGUGCCUCUGGAUCUUACUGUGACGGCAUCUACAGACAACACCAUCACCCUGGUGUGGGGAAUGGUCCAGGGCCCCAUUGACUUUUACAAAGUCACCUUUACGUCCUCCUCGGGCUUGACCACUGAGCUGACAGUGCCAAGAGAUGAAACCACCACCACUUUGAGAGAAUUAGAGCCCGGGACUGAAUACACCAUCACCGUGGCAGCCAAGAGGGGGAGACAGCAGAGCAACGUGGCUUCCAUAGAUGCCUUCACAGGGAUCAGGCCCGUUUCCCACCUCUACUUGUCCGAGGUGACUUCCGACUCAGUGCUAGUGGCGUGGAGCUCGCCGGCACCGCCUGCUGAUUUCUUCAUUCUCAGCUACAGCUCAGCUGACGGCACCGACACCUCUAAGGUGACCUUGGAAGGCUCCAAGACGAGGUCGCUGGUGCAAGGGCUGCUUCCCUCCACUCAGUAUACCGUCAGCCUAAUCACAAUACAGGGGGAUGUCACCUCUGAGCCUAUUACGGCGUCCCUCACGACAGGUAUGGACCCACCCAAGUUGAUGACCGUGUCGGCCGUGGCUGAAGACAUCGUGACCAUUUCGUGGAUCAAACCACUGGCUCCAUUUGAAUAUUAUAAGCUUUCCUACCAGUCAGCCAGAGGUCGAGUGGACAGCGUUGUGAUUGACAGCGAUGUGACCAACUACACGUUGUCCAGUCUGUUCCCUGCUACCGAGUAUGAGAUCAGUCUGAACGCUGUCAGGGGGAGCCAGGAGAGCAAAAUGGUCAGCGCCUCGGUCUUCACAGCCAUGGACAUGCCAUCAGAGUUGACUGCGCUCAACAUCACGCCGCAAGGAGCCCUGCUGAGGUGGAACCCCCCAAUGUCCAACGUCGACAAUUACGUGCUGACUCUCACGCACGACCAGGUAACAGCAGAUACGUUUCUCGUGGAGGGCAACAAGCAGGAACACCAGCUGUCCAACCUGAAGCCGAGCACGUCCUACUCAGUGGCCCUCUAUGCAACCAAAGGACCCCUCACCAGCGGCACGGUCAUCUCCAAUCUCCAAACACCUAUGGACGCCCCUCUGAACCUGACAGCCAGCGAAGUGAAUCACCGCAGCGCUCUCAUCUCCUGGCAACCGCCCAUCUCUGAAAUUGACAACUACAUGCUCACCUACAAGUCAGCCGACGGCAACCGUAAAGAGCUGAUUCUCGACGCAGAGGACACUUGGAUUCGCCUGGAGGGGCUUCCCGAGACCACAGAGUUCACCGUCAAGCUGCAGGCGGCAAGGGGUCUCGACACCAGCGCUGUCAUCUCCACUACUUUCACCACAGGGAGUCGGUUGUUUGCGACGCCUCAAAAUUGCGCCCAGCACCUGCUGAACGGCGAGACGCUGAGCGGCGUCUACACCAUUUACAUCAACAGGGACCCCAGCCAGGGCGUGCAGGUGUACUGUGACAUGAGCACGGACGAAGGAGGCUGGAUUGUGUUUCAACGACGUCAGAAUGGCCUGACUGAUUUUUCCAGGAAAUGGAGCGACUACCGGGUUGGCUUUGGAAACCUGGAGGAUGAAUUCUGGUUAGGUUUGGACAACAUCCAGCGGGUCUCCGCUCAAGGCCGCUACGAGCUGAGGAUCGACAUGAAGGAUGGGCAGGAGUCUGUCUACGCCAAUUAUGAUAAAUUCUCCCUCGGAGAUGCCAGGAACCUGUACAAGCUCAGGAUAGGGGAGUACAACGGCACCGCCGGUGACUCUCUGAGCUACCACCAGGGACGGCCCUUCUCCACUAAAGACCGAGACAACGACAUAGCUGUCACUAACUGUGCCUUGUCCUACAAAGGAGCGUGGUGGUACAAGAAUUGCCAUCGAGCCAACCUCAACGGGAAGUACGGCGAGUCCAGACACAGUCAGGGAAUUAACUGGUACCACUGGAAGGGACACGAGUUCUCCAUUCCCUUCGUGGAGAUGAAGAUGCGGCCGUUCAACUUCCGCAGCAUCAGCAGCAAGAGGAGGCGGUCGGCGCCCGUAUAGGUUGCCUGCAUGAGCGCCCUCUUAAUUGAGAGGCAGAGACCGAUUGAGCUCGGGCGACCGUUUUGAUGAUGAUGCUCGUCGUUCUCAGUCGUCCUUUCCAUUUUCAUUUGGCAGUUGAAAGUAAAAAAAAAAAAAAAAAAAAAAUGAAGAUUUGAUGAUUCAAUUUAAAGCUCCAAAAGGAAUGAUGAAAAAUCUGUCAGUUUUUUUUUGCUGUUGUUGUAAAUAACGAAAAUAGUCAGGAAUUCUUUUUUUUUAAAUUGCUAUUUGAAUAUGGAACGAAUGAAUGAUAUGUGAAUUGACGAGGCCGCUGUGACGAUAAGAAACUUUCGUUUGCCGAUUUUUUUUUUUUUUUUUUUUUUAAUGAAGCAGCAAGUGGUUGGCAAUCUGAUUCAUAGCAGCGAGCAUCAAAGGAAAACAUUGUCCGACCUCUGUUUGUCUCCGCCUCGCAUCCACGUAGAGCCGUCUUUCCCUGCUGUCCUUCCUCCCGGGAGAUAAAGACACUGUAUGUAAUUUAUUCCGCUCUUUGAAUGACAAUUCUUCUGCUUUCUGUAAAAAA